AGCCUCCAACCGAUUCCUUUUCUUUUAGGCCUUUGGAUUUACAAAAACCUCAAAUCUUCACAUCCACAACCAGCCGCAGCGGAUUUCCCUACCUACCGCCGCGCGUCGCCGCCACUGGCGCUUCCGUUUCUUUUUGUUUUCCUCUCUCAUAUUCUCGCUUUUCACAGCUUUGUGACUAUAACUCCAACACCCCAGCUUGGAGAAUAAUAUUUCAGGCUCUCAUCCCUAAAAUCGCUGUGUGAGUUGAUUCUAUCCAAGUCUAAUUUAGUGGAUUAUGAGUGAAAGUAAUGCAAUUGUAGAAGGGCAGGAUUUAAUUACACUUCCUGCAUCUAGUAAUUUUAUGUCUGGAAGUGAGAGUGGUGAACUUCGGGAUGUGGAUGAUGGACCCCAUCAAAUAGAUUCUCAAUCUAAUAAUAUUGAGUUUGAACAUGGCGAAGUGAAAGCUGAGAUCCUGGAGCUGAAUGAAGGGGGUAUUAGAAACGCUCAGAACCUUUUAAGUGUGGAAGCAAAGGUAGACAACACUCUUACAGGCAAUUCAUCCGAUAUGGAAAUAAGUGAUGAAGAAACUGAAACUCUUAGAGCUGAAAAGAAAUUGGAUGAUGUUAGCUCCGGAGCUCAUUCUAUAUAUUUUACGGUUGAAGAGAAAUCGGGUGUCUCUUCAGUGUCUACCAAAAAGCGGUGUCUUGAUGUCCAUAAUGGAAGUCCCAUCCAGAACCACACAAUGGAUGGUAUUUCUAUAUCUGGUGUUAAGAGACCAAGGAUGACAUUUGAUGCCCAGCAACCUUCUAUUCGUAUUGUGUAUAAUUUCUUAACAAGAGCUAGUAAGCAGAAGCUUGAGGAACUUUUACAGAAGUGGUCAGAGUGGCAAGCUGAACAUGGUUCAUCAUUGCAAGAAAAUGAACCUACGGAAUCAGGAGAAGAGACAUACUUUCCUGCUCUACGCGUCGGUGCAGAGAUGCCCUCAUCUGUGUCAUUCUGGAUUGACAACCAAACAAGGAAUCUGCAUGAUCCGGACUUCAUCCCAUUGGACAGUAAAGUUGUGCCACUUUACGAUCGUGGGUUUGCAAUGGGUUUGACUUCAACUGAUGCUUCAAGUAACUUGGAAGGGGGCCUGGAGUUAAAAGAGGAGGCUUCCCGUUGUUUCAACUGUGGUUCUUAUAGUCAUUCCCUGAAGCAAUGCCCAAAGCCUCGUGAUAGUGUUGCUGUCAACAAUGCUCGAAAGCAACACCAAAAGUCCAAGCGUAAUCAGAAUGCUGCUUCUCGCAAUGCAAUUCGCUAUUAUCAGAGCACUCAAGGUGGAAAGUAUGAUGAUCUAAAGCCUGGUGUUCUUGGUGCUGAAACACGAGAACUAUUAGGCCUUGGGGAGUUCGAUCCACCACCGUGGCUUAACAGAAUGCGAGAAAUUGGGUACCCACCGGGAUAUCUAAUACCCGAAGAUGAGGAUGAGCCAUCUGGAAUUACAAUAUACGCUGAUGCAGAAACUGAGGGACACGAAGAUGGGGAAAUUGCAGAGAUGGUGCAGCCUCAACCAAGGAUGAAAAUGACGGUUGAAUUUCCAGGAAUAAAUGCAUCGAUCCCUGCAGAGGCCGAUGAAAAACUUUGGGCUCCUGGUCAUUCAAGUUCUGAAUCGAUUAGGAGUAGGCCACAGUCACACUAUAGGUUAAACCAUUCUUCUGAACCUGGCAGCAGGGGGCUCGAACGAAGGUACUAUGAUGAUUAUGAAGAUGAUGGCCCACCAGGAGUUGACACUAGAGUUAGCUCAUCCUUUCUCCCUAGGUAUGGUAAUCAUGAUUCUGCUUACAAUUUUCAAAGUCCAAGACAGCCAUUUUCAGGUCAGAGAAGCCCAACCUCGGGAAGGUACUAUUAUGAUAGGGGUAGAAGGAGCCCCUUGAUAUAUGAAGAUUUUGCUAGUCAUGGUUUCUAUAGUUCUUCAAGACAUUCACCAAGGUCUCAUGGUUCAGCUAGAUAUGAAAAUGAGAUUGAUGAUCGAUUGGAUAACAGCCACCAGGAACAUUCAUCUCGGUCUAGUCAUCGAUAUCACAGCCGAUGGUGAACAGCUUUGUUGUAACUUUUGACUUUUGUCGCAUCUUAUAAGGCCGUAACUUGUAAAGGGUUCUAGAUACAGUGAUACUUUUAGCACCAGAAAAGUGGGAGGAUUAUUGUACAAUGAUAUAGACAGGCCUUAGAUGGAUUUAA